AUGAGAUUUAAAGUGAAUGUUACUGGUAAAGGGGACAAAGUGGUUUCCAUUGAGGGUAAUGACAAGUUGGUUGGCGAAUUAUUACAAGAGAUAGCAGAUACAUUUGGUAUAGAUAUGGAUAAUGUUAUAUCUAUUAGGUUUGGUUAUCCACCACAGAGUGUUGAGAUAAACGACGAUAGUAUUGUCAAAUUAUUAGAAGAUAUUGGUUUAUCUUCGGGUGAGAAAAUUGGAGUGACAUUAAGAGAUAAUGGUAAUGGGAGUAUUAUUCCUGAGCAGAAUAAGCAGAAUAAUAUAGAGGCUACAUUAAAGGACAGCCAAAGUUCAUUUGUUGCUAAUGAUGGAACUAAAUGGGUUUUACAACAACAUGUUGUUCCUGAUGAUAAUUCAUGUUUAUUUCAUGCGAUAUCGUAUUGUAUGUAUAAGGAUAUAUCUCUUUCAAAGGGUCUACGAGAACGUGUAGCCAAGGAAAUUAUGCAAGAUAAAGAUACGUAUAAUGAAGCGAUACUUGGUAAAUCGCCACAAUCGUAUAUGAACUGGAUUCUUCAAAAAGAUUCAUGGGGUGGUGGUAUUGAGAUUGCGAUUCUCUCUAAAGUAUUAGGUGUGGCUGUAUACGUUUUGGAUAUCGAUGCAUUAAAAUUUGAAAAAUUCAAUGAGGAUAAAUAUGAUGAGUUUAUUAUUAUUUUAUUUAGUGGUGUUCAUUAUGAUGCUAUUGAAUCGACAACAAAGAAGACAGUAUUUAAUGUUAGAACAGAUGAAGCAUUAUGUCAAAUGGUUCUUGCUUGUUCUUUAGAAAUUGCUUCAAAGAUGAAAAAGGGAGGCAAAUCUUUCAAUUCUCAAAAAGCUAAUAUCAUUUGUAAUAUAUGUCAUAAGACAUUUGUUGGUGAAAGAGAAAUAUCGAAACAUGCAGAAAGUACGGGACAUACAGAUUUUGGACAAGCUUAA